AACGGUUUAUUAUCACACACACAAAAUCCCUUCCCUCCAAAAAAAUAAAAAAUAAAAUUACACAACAAAAAUGGCAACAAUAAUGGAAAUUGGGAAUUUGGGAGUUCAAUUUAGGCCUCAAAUUGCGAUAAAUUCGACUCGAAAAUGGCCUGGCAAGCAAUUUCUUGGUCAGAAAAUGCAAAACAAGAAGAGAUAUUUGCUAUUGUGCUCUGUUGCAGGUCAAAAAGAAGGUAAAGCUUGUUCUUUUACUAAAGAAGAAAAUGGCCUUAUUGAAGCUCUUAUUGGUAUUCAAGGCCGUGGUCGCGCUGCUUCACCUCAACAACUUCAAGAGGUUGAACGUGCUGUUAAAGUUCUUGAAGGAUCCGAAGGUGUUUCUGAACCGACGAGCUCAAGUUUGAUCGAGGGUCGGUGGCAGCUGAUGUUCACAACUAGGCCAGGAUCAGCAUCUCCUAUUCAGAGAACGUUUGUUGGGGUUGACUCAUUCAGCGUAUUUCAAGAAGUGUUCCUUAGAACGAACGAUCAACGUGUAUCCAAUAUUGUAAAGUUUUCUGAGGCAAUAGGUGAGCUGAAAGUAGAGGCUCUUGCAACAAUCAAAGACGGAAAACGUAUUCUUUUCCAAUUUGAUAGAGCAGCUUUUUCGUUCAAAUUUCUACCAUUCAAGGUUCCAUAUCCUGUACCUUUUAGACUGCUGGGAGAUGAAGCUAAGGGCUGGUUAGACACCACAUAUUUGUCCCCAUCAGGGAAUCUCCGUAUUUCAAGAGGAAAUAAGGGAACUACAUUUGUGCUGCAAAGGGAAACUGAACAAAGGCAAAAGUUGCUUUCGUCCAUUUCAACGGGUACAAGGGUAGAAGAGGCAAUUGAUGAGUUUAUUUCCUUAAACCAAAAUGUCGCGAAUCCUGAACUAGAACUCCUCGAGGGAGAGUGGCAAAUGAUAUGGAGUUCGCAGGUUGAAACAGAUAGUUGGAUAGAGAAUGCUGGCAACGGUCUGAUGGGCGUGCAGAUUGUCAAACCAAAUGGACAGUUGAAGUUCCUGGUCGGGAUAUUGUUCGGUAUUAAGUUCUCCAUGACUGGAAAAUAUGAGAAAUCUGGAAGUAACACGUAUGAUGUCAUAAUGGAUGAUGGAGCAAUACUGGCUGGAAUGUAUGGAAUUCCGGUAGAAAUGGAAAGCAAGUUCACCAUAGAAAUACUAUAUACCGAUGACAAGAUAAGAAUUUCACGAGGCUACAACAAAAUUCUCUUUGUUCAUGUACGCGUAGACGGAUCCAACAAGAAGUGACUCUCAAUAUUUGAAUAGUUACAUUAAGGCCAAUUUGUUAUGUUAAAACUUCAAGCAUAGUCAAGUAUUUCUCAAUGUGUAACUUAUACUCAAGUUCAUAUAGUGCAGUUAUACAAUGCAUUUUGGCAUCCACAACAA